AUUUUGACAUCAAAACAUGUGGGCGUGACGUCCAGUAAUAAAAUUGUAAAUAGAGGAAUUGUGCAGAAAAUUUACAAAUAAUUAAGUGUUUUUAAAUAUUAUUUUAAUUCAAAAUGAAUAAAAAUCACAAGAAAAUGACCAAGCAGUUUAGGAAGCUCAAAGUUCGCUGCUCAAAUAAAGAGGGCAAGGCAGAAAAUUCAGCUGAAACUGCGGCUGAUCUUCAUGAAGAAUCAACUGAGGAUUCUACCAAUUCUGGAGAUGAUACAUCCUCUGAUGACUCUGGAGGAGAAGACUUGGGUUCCCCACCCACGUUUAAAGUGGCCAUGUGGGAUUUAAAUCAUUGCGAUCCUCGAAAGUGUUCCGGAAGAAAGCUUGCUCGUCACAGACUUAUCCGGAAUCUCAAGCUUGGUCAGAGAUUUCCGGGACUUGUCCUGACACCCGUGGGAACGAAAACUGUGAGCCCAGAAGAUCGUGAGAUUGUUGAGAAUGCUGGUAUUGCCGUUGUUGACUGUUCUUGGGCCAAAAUUGAUCAAACCCCCUUUGGCAAGAUGAAAUCACCCCAUCCACGCCUUCUGCCCUUCUUCGUGGCAGCAAAUCCCAUCAACUACGGAAAACCCUGUCAGUUGUCCUGCGUUGAGGCUAUUGCUGCCACGAUGUUUAUUACUGGAUUCAAGGCAGAGGCCAAUUGGUAUCUGAGUAAAUUCAGCUGGGGACACUCCUUUGUCUCCCUAAAUGCAGAAUUACUCGAAGCAUAUGGAAAAUGCAAGACAUCAGCUGAGAUUCUAGCUGCGCAGAAUGAAUACCUUGAGAAUGCUGCUAAAGAGCAAACUCAAAAUGUUCCGGAUUGGCCGGUUGUGGCAUCCUCAGAGUCUGAGGAGUAAAUCUAUAUAUUUAUAUGGCUGUUUUAUUCUAUUUAAGCCUCAAUAAAUGCAUUUUAAUUGAAAA